GUGAGAAGACUCGUCUUUGACAAUUACCAAUAGUGUCCACUGUCUAUAAUAAUCAUUACAUCAACUUUCAAAGCUCUUGGGCAAUGCACAAAACGUGACCUAUUUUACCUUCAGUUCCUGUCGAGACCGGAGGUUUCAUGUUUCAUAUGACUUAUUCGAACACCCGGAUUUGUCCUCUAGAACUCUAGUUUCAUUUGAUUCAGGGAAGUUGUGUUUUUUUUUUUUUUCCUGAUUUGAAAAAGGAAUAUAAAAAUCAAGUUUUUUCUUUUCAAUUACUUUACGAAAAAUAAAUUUGAGAAAAUCAUGACCAGGUGAUGGUUUCAUUGGCCGAGGUUGAAACCUACAUACUUUAACUAUUCCACUUGUGAACAACCGUAUUUUAAUUUCAUUAAUUAAUUCUGGUUUUGAAGCCAAGGACUUUCAGAAAAGUGUACUUUUUUUUAUCACUAUACUUCCCGAGAGCCCAACGGAGAAAAGACCAAAAAACAAAGUUUCAGUUUUAGAUGUUGGAGGAAAAGCCUAGAGAAUUAUUUCAAGGGAAAUCCACGCCAUCAGGUAGGGACUGAAAACCAGAUCUACAAAGUCCACCUGGAGUAAAUCAACGCGGGGGUCCCACAGGUGGAAGGCGAGGAAAGAUACGACUACGCCAACCCAACCACCCAACUGUGACUUGAAGAAGUAAAGACGCAGCUGUACUGUAUUUGUCCUAAGAAUAACGGCGAGUGUCACAGCGUACCCAACAUGACAGAUUCCUCCGAGUCUGUAACUCUUAUCGUUGUUCUUGUCAAUGGAGUCCUCGCUACCCUACUUAUUGUCUGUUGCUUCAUCUCUUACUUCCUCAAACAAAGAGACAAUCGCAUCAGACGUCAACUCCGUGCCAACCUCGCACAGGCCCGGAAUGCAUCAACAGAUAGCAGCGACAUCACACCCAUGGAUUAUACCGAAAGUCCGCCGUCGUACAGCACUGUCCUGGAAAAUCGAGACGUUUACAUUAGGCGGCAGUCUGAAAUCCCGCCCCCUGAUUACGAUGAAGUUAUCAAGCUUCAUCGGGCAGAGUCAUGUGUUUAUGCACAGUGUUUGGGUAUUAUGGUGAGUUUAGACAACGGACAUUCUGAUAGAGAACAGGUUUAAUUUUUUUUGAAAGUCUACAUCAUAUUAAAGCCAUUAUACACUUUCGGUACAGGAAAAAAAAAAGGU